UCUUGUUCUGCUAGUGGGUAUCACUCGCACUCGAUCCGUUGGGGAAGUAGUAAGGAAGAUGCCUGCCCUGUUUGGACUGGGCAUGGAUCAUAGGUCUCCUUCAGAUGGGACCACUUCAUCCGUUAGAAAAUUGAGUGAAGAUUUGAUGAAAACGAAAAUAACUGAAGAAACAGAAGAAGAAGAACCUUAUCAUGGAUUUGGAAGAAGGGAAAGCUAUGACAGAAAAUCUUCAAUCGGUGGGAUGUCGUCCAACGACUCUCUGUGGGGUGACGCAAGAAGGCUCAGCGAAGCCGGUAUAAGGAGGACCUCAGAUAACAGCGUUAUUCUUACCGAAGACACAGACAGCUUUAUUGUCGGGGAUAAAGUAUGGGUUGGAGGAACGAAACCAGGGAGGAUUGCGUUUAUAGGAGAAACGCAAUUCGCAUCUGGCGACUGGGCUGGAAUCGUUUUGGAAGAGCCCAUUGGAAAAAAUGAUGGCUCAGUUGGCGGUAUACGUUAUUUUCAAUGUGAACCUAAGAAAGGUGUUUUCUCUCGCUUGGGACGUUUGACAAGAUAUCCUUUAGCUGUCCCAAGUCCUCCUAUGGCUCCAUCUCCAUCACCACCACCACCUGUAUCAUCUUCAACUCCCGCUAUGAAGAGGGCAACGCCUCCACCAGUUCCUAGAACACCACCUCUUAUUUCUCCUCCAAGUUCAGCUACUAACUAUAGCAGUGAGGCCAAGGUGGGGGAUCGUGUAAUUGUCAUGAGCACUCAGGGUUCGAAAAUUGGGAUUUUAAGAUAUCGAGGAACAACUGGAUUUGCCCCUGGAGAAUGGUGUGGAGUUGAACUAGAUGACCCUCUUGGGAAGAAUGAUGGUUCAGUCGAAGGAAUCAGAUAUUUUCAAUGCCAGCCAAAGUAUGGUUUAUUUGCUCCAGCUGCCAAGGUGUCCAGAUCCCCAGCACCAGAUCGUCGUCCUUCUUGUCAAUUGCAUCAUGCUAGUGUUAAAAGAACUUCUUCGAGGGAAAGUCUUUCUUCCAUGACAUCGAAAGCAAGCACUGUCACCAGCACAGCCUCCAGGGUAAGGCUUGGGGUCAACUCAUUAAAGAAACCUCUGCCUCGUGCUUCAACAUUGGCCCCUGGCACACCUAAAGCUACUCCUCAGGAAUUAUUGAAAAGCAAACAAGAGCAAAUCGAAAAGUUAUUGAAGGACAGAGAAUUGGACAGAUCUCGGAUGGUGAGGGCUGCAGAACAAACGGAAGAAGCAGAAAAACAGUUGAACCUUCUUAAAGCAGAAUUUGAUCUGUUUCGAGUGGAAUCAGAAAAAAGAGGUCAAGAGUUACAGGCAAAGAUUAAAAAGUUGGAAGAUGAAAAAACUGAUCUAGCAGUACAAUUAGAAGAUGCUCAGUUCCGAGCAGAAGAAGAAUCCAUCAAUAAAUCUGAUAUUGAGGAUGUACAUGCUGAAAAUGUCACUCGCAUCAAGGAAAUGGAGAAAUUACUUGCUGAAGAGCAGAUCAAAGUUGAAAGUCUUCUUGCUGAAUUAUGUGAUCUUAAUAGUGCCAGGCAGCAGGUAGCUUCUUUGAAAACUGAAUUGGAAGCAAUAAAGAAGGCGAAAAUUGAUUACGAAAAUGAUCUUAAAAAAGAGUUGAUUGAUACUAUGGACAGGGCUAAUCGCAUGGAGCAGAAUUAUAAUGAACUACAAGAAAAGUUUGAAGGAAAUUCAGAUGCUAGUGGAGAAGUUGCAAUCUUGAAGGAGCAAUUGUCUAAUAUUACUUCAUCACUAUCUGAGAAAGAAACCCAAAAUGAAACUUUAAAAAAAUCAGAAGAUUUGUAUAAAUCGACUGUACAAAAGCAACAAUCAAUAAUUGAUGACCUACAGAGUAAAUUAAGUAGUGUAGAGUUUAAAUUGCAAGAGGCUGAAACUUAUAAUAAAUUACUUGGAGAAGGAGAACAAAAGUUGAAGAGUAAGUGUGCUGAAAUGAGUAAUUUACUGACACAAGUGAAUCAGCUCAAAGAUGAACUUUCCAAUUCCCAAAAAAGAUAUAGCAUGCUACAGGAACAUAACGAAUCAUUAAAAAAAGAACUUAGCGAAUUCACUGAUUUUUCUAACAAUAAGUUGUCAGACAUUGACAGAAAAUAUAAUAAUGACAUACAGAAUUUAAAACAGGCAUUAGAAGAAUAUUCUAACAAGUUAUCUAAUAAAGAAAAAGAACUUUCUGAAGAAAAAAUUAAAGUUGAUGUUCAUGAGAAAGAAAAUUCUUCUAUACAAAAAGAACUUAAUGAUUUAAAAAAGAAUUUAGAAUUCCAUCAAAACAGUUUGAAUGAUAGAGAAACAGAAAUAAAUUGUCUUAAAAAAGAAGUUGAUCAUUUGAAAAUAGAACUAGUAACAUCAAAAGAAACUGCUGAAACAAUUAAAAAUGAGCUAUCAGUUGAAAUUAAAGAGCUUACAAGAACUUUAGAAGAAGCUAACUCCAAAAUUACCAGUUUGUGUAAUGAACAAAAUGAUCUUUUAUCCAGAACACAAAGUGAAAUUUCUGUCUUGAAAGAUCAGAUAAAUUCUCUAGAAGGAAAUAUUUCAGAACUGAAAGAGCAGAAUGAUAAACUGAAGAAUGAACUAGUUGCUAAAAAUGAACGUAUAGUUGAUGUAGAAAAGCAUUGCUCUGAUUUAGAAAUAAUUGUUAAGAAACAAGCUUCUGAAAUGGAUGUAAAAAUUUCCCAAAUAGCAAAAUUAGAACAGGACUAUUCAGAUCUUUCUCAAAAGUACAACCAAUCUUUGGAAUCUGAAAACUCAUUUAGGCAUCAGGUACAGACAUUAGAGUUGGAAAUUGGAGAUUUAAGGAGGAAAUUAAAUAAUGCUAUUGAACAAUAUGCUGAACUUGAAAAUUUGAAACAAAAGCUUGAAAAUGAUGUUGCACAUUUUAUGAAUACUUCCACUGAUUCUUCACAGCAGCUAGUGAAUUUAAAUUCUGAUCUUGUAGAAAAACAGAAUGAAUUAAGCAGGUUAAAAAUUUCCUCAGCUGAAGAGAUACGUCUGCAUGAAAACAGAGUACAAGAAUUGGAAAUGAAGUUGGAUUCAAUGAAGAGGGAAGAAGAGAAAGCUAUUCUUGAGAUAAAAGAACGUCUCGAAAAUUCAGUGAAAAAUUAUAAGAGUAUGGAAGAAGUUUAUAAUUCAAAAUGCAAAGAACUCGAAGAAUUUCAAAAAAGUGAAGAAACAUUACGCAAUGAAUGUCAUAAUUUGAAGAAAUCAAUCGAUCAAUUGCAAGUUGAUCUUGAUAACUAUGUUACUCAAAAUACAACAUUAAGUAAAAGUUUAGAAGAAAAGGAAAAUAAGAUGAAAGUCACUGAGAAUGAAUUAGCAACCAAAAAUUUUCAAAUUGAAGAUUUGCAGAAAAGAGUCCUUAAUGUUGAAAAUGAUACAAUGAACUUAUUACAGGAAAAAGAAAACCUUGAAGUGAAGAAUAAAACAUUGAUUUCUAAACUUUCUGAACUAGAGCAUAAUUUAACUAGUUUUGAAGAGAAUAAUGAAGAGCUGAUUAGGCAAAAUGAAACUUUAAAGAGUAGGAGCUCAGAGGCAACAUUAUUACUGAAUACAGAAAUGGAAAAAAUGAGAAAAAUGUUGCAAGAUAAAGCAAAAUUAUUUGAGGAAAAAGAAGCCUACUUGUUAAAUCAGGAUAAAACUAUUAAAGAAAAAACGGAAGAAGCUGAGAAAAAAAUUCGAGAAAUCAUGGAGCUGAGUGCUGAAUUACAAGCACUACAAAAAGAACAUUUGGAGAGUAAACAACGUGAAAAUGAGCAGAACGAAAAAAUAAGACUAUUAGAAUCUGAAACUUUAGAUUUAAAUUCAAAUAUAAACUCCUUGACUAAAGAAAAAGAAUCAUGUUUGGAUGAGAUUAAAAAGCUGGAAACAGAAAUAGGAAACUUAAAAACAUUGUUAAAUGAUCAGUUAUGUUUCCGAGAUGAAUUGGAGUGCAAAAAAAAAGAAUUAGAAGUCGUUCUUUCUGAGAAAGCAGAAAUGGAAAAGCGAGUUUUGGAAAAAGAAAAAUGUCUUCAAGAUGAAUUAUUGAAGAUAAAAGACUCAUUUGAUAAAGCUAAUAAUGAGUACAAAGAAAAGUGCUCAUUGAGUUCUAAAAAUACGGAUGAGCUCCAAGAACAGUGUUUGGUACUAAGGAAAACUUUAGAAACCGUUAAUAAGUCACAUGAAGAAAAAGAGCAAAAUGUUGUUAAGAAAAUUAAAGAAAUGGAAGACUUAAAUUCAAAUUUAUUGGAAGAAACAUCUAAGUUAAAAGCUUCAGAAAGUUGUUUAAAAGUAACUGUAGAAAAGUUAAAUGGUGAAGUAGCAAAACUGAAUGAAAUAAACAAAAAUACACUAAAAGAAUUGGAGACCAUGAAAAAUGACCAUACUAGCCAGUUAAAACUUCUAGAAGCUCAGCUAAAUGUUGCUUUAACUGAAAAAGCAGUCCAAGAAGAAAAAUCUAAACAACUAAGUACUGAAUUGAAAAAUUCAAAAUCAGUUGAAAAAAUUGUGUCUGGGGAAGAAUCAAUGACUACAUUAUUAGAGGAAAAGGAGUUAGCAGAUACCCAAAUAAAUUUCUUGAAUUCAAUAAUAGUUGAUUUACAGAAAAAAAAUGACCUUUUGAAGGAAAGACUUACUGAUCUAGAAUUCAGAACCGAAUCUUCCAGUACAUUAAAUGGUGUAAAAAAGAAGAAAGAAAUAACGCCUAGGAUGUUUUGUGAUAUAUGUGACAUAUUUGAUGCUCAUGAAACUGAGGAUUGCCCUCAGCAAGCAUCAACUGAACCUGUUAGGCCUGUUCAGCAUCACAUUCCUGGGACUAGAGGUUUUGAACGUCCGUAUUGCCCCAUCUGCGAAGUUUUUGGCCACUCUACUGAAGAAUGUGAUGACACAGAGACAUUUUAAAUAUUUUAUUUAUAAAAUCUUUUUAGGAUUGUUUUUAUUAAUAUUGCAAUAUUAAUUAUGUCUCGAAAGAUAGUGACAACUUGUUUUAUAAUUCAUAUUUAUCAGUAUUAAAAACAAAAAAAUAUAUAUAUUGAGGUAUUAGAUAGUGCCUUCUUGCCAAAGUGAAUUUUAGCAUAAAAAAUUAAUAAAUAAUCGUAUAUACAUCGCUGUAUAUAAACAAAUUUGUCAUACGAUAAAUAUUUAUUUGUGCCAAUUAGUGUAAAUAAUUUUAUAUAUUGUAAAUAAUUUUGUUAUAAUUUAUGGGAUAUGAUGUCAAAACUUUAAAUCUGUUGUUUGAAUGUUUUUUAAAACUUACCUACGAGAUCUGAUACUACUGUUGUUUUAAAAUAAAUAUUGUUUUAACAUAC